CACUCCAGAGCUCAGAGCCACCCACAGCCGCAGCCAUGGCAGUGCCUCCUGCUCACCCUGGGCAUGGUCCUGGUCUGUAGCAUCCAGGCCAGUGACAUCCCCCAGACCGAGCAGGACCUGGAGGUCUCAAAGGUUUGAGGCGGGUGAAGGGGGCAUGUUACUGUGGGAGGCCUGGGGGCAGGUGGGAGCUGAAGGCAGGCGGGAAGCCCAGGAUCUCAGAAACCUAUAGGAAGUGCAGAGUGGACGCCAUGAUGUCAGGAACCCCUCAGCACCGCUCUCCAUCUUUAGGGUGGUCUUUCUGUUGCCCAGCAUCCCAGGUGACUCCCUCAAAAUUUGCACUUUGGAACUCUCAUGAUUUAGCACACACUGGUGGUUUUAAGUACAGGAAAUUCCAUAGCCCAGCGACUGAUAGACAGUAGACGGCCAUCCAGUGCUCACUGCACCCAUCCCAGUUAGACUCAGCCCUGACUGCAUGGUGUGCAACGAGAGCCACAGUGAGGCGGGGACCCCCAUGCAGCUGAAGGCCCCCUCAGUUGGCAGGAACCUGGCACUUCAUGGCCAUGGUGAGCAGCAACCUCUCCCUCCUGGGACCCAGGGAUGCCCCUCUGAGGAUCAACAUCACUUCCCUGAUGCCCACCCCUGAGGGCAACCUGGAGAUCAUUCUGCACAGAUGGGAGAACAACAGCUGUGUUGAGAAGAAGGUCCUUGCAGAGAAGACUGAAAAUCCAAAGAAUUUCAGGAUCAACUGUGCAGAUAUGGCCGUGAAUGAGGCUACGCUGCUCGAUACUGAUUAUGACAAAUUCCUGUUUCUCUGCCUGAAGGACACCGCUGCCCCCAAGCAGAGCACCAUGUGCCAGUACCUGGCCAGAUCCCUGGAAGCAGAUGAUGAGGUCCUGAAGGAAUUCUUCCGCGCUUUCAAGACCCUGCCUGUGCAGUUAUGGUUCCUCCUGGAAUGGUAUCAGGUGGAAGAGCCCUGCCCUGUCUAGGAGAGCUCCUGCCUGGUCCUGCCUGCUGGUGACCCGUGAGACUCAACAGCUCGCCUCUGCCUCCAGGAAGACCAGACCCCUGCCCAGCCACACCUCCAGCAUUGUACGACCUCCUCCUGCCCUUUCAAAGAAUGUCCACGGUGCAGAAGAUGACGACGUGGCCACCGUGUUCCGGUCCCUUCCUGCUGCGCACCUGCACCUCGGGCGUGGGGAGGCUGCUCCCUGGGGACUGUGUCUGGCAGAGAUGAUUAAUAAACCCAUACAACAUGC